ACCGUCAAAAUCAUUCACUCCCCCAUUUCUCAACUCCCUCCUCAUGAUCUCAUCUCCCACACCACCACACAAGACAAAACCCUCCCCACUCCCUAUCGGAGCUCGGAAACCUCCUACUACUCCGCUCUCCGCCGUACCCCACCCCCACCGCCACCAUUAUUGUGUUAAUUUCUCAAAACGCUCUCGCUCGGUCCUCUCCAAGAAAACAGAGAGCAACGACCUUUCUCACACCUACCCCGGAAGCGGAGACACCGGCCAUGGACCCAGGCGGCGCAACCGAUGUCGCCACCGCGCGGGGAGGAGGCGGUCAGGUCGGGGUCCAGAUCCACCAAAACCGACGGCUUCCCGAUUUCCUCCAGAGCGUUAAUCUCAAGUACGUGAAAUUAGGGUACCAUUACUUGAUCUCUAAUCUCUUAACCCUCUGCUUCAUCCCGUUGAUUAUCGUAACCCUAAUCGAAGCCUCCCAAAUGGACAUUCACGACAUUCAACAACUCUGGCUCCACCUCCAGUACAAUCUCGUCUCCGUCAUCAUCUGCUCCGCCGUCCUCGUCUUCGGGUUGACCGUCUACAUCAUGACCCGACCCAGACCCGUUUACUUGGUCGACUACGCCUGCUACCGCCCGCCCGAUCACCUCAAGGCCCCUUACCAGCGCUUCAUGGAGCACUCCCGCCUCACCCAGGACUUCGACGACUCGUCGCUAGAGUUCCAGCGCAAGAUUCUCGAGCGGUCCGGCCUCGGCGAGGAGACUUAUGUCCCGGAGGCGAUGCAUUACAUCCCUCCCCGGCCUUCGAUGGCCGCCGCCAGGGAUGAGGCGGAGCAGGUGAUGUAUGGUGCGUUGGACAAUCUAUUCGCCAAUACCCAUGUGAAGCCGAAGGACAUUGGGAUUCUCGUUGUGAAUUGCAGCUUGUUUAAUCCGACGCCGUCGCUUUCCGCCAUGAUUGUUAAUAAGUACAAAUUGAGGGGUAAUAUUAGGAGUUUCAAUUUGGGGGGAAUGGGUUGCAGUGCUGGGGUCAUAGCUGUUGAUCUUGCAAAGGACUUGUUGCAAAUCCAUAGGAACACUUAUGCGGUUGUCGUUAGCACCGAGAACAUUACUCAGAAUUGGUAUUUUGGGAAUAAGAAGUCUAUGUUGAUACCCAAUUGCUUGUUUCGGGUUGGUGGUUCCGCGGUUUUGCUUUCCAACAAGUCCGUGGAUAGGAGACGGGCUAAGUACAAGCUUGUUCAUGUCGUGAGGACACAUCGUGGCGCGGAUGAUAAAGCUUUUCGUUGUGUUUAUCAGGAGCAGGAUGAAAAGGGGAAGACUGGUGUGUCCUUGUCCAAAGAUUUGAUGGCAAUUGCCGGUGGGGCGCUUAAGACCAACAUUACCACUUUGGGACCUAUUGUGCUUCCGAUAAGCGAGCAGCUUCUUUUCUUUUCUUCAAUUGUGGUUAACAAGCUGUUCAAGUCGAAUGUCAAGCCUUAUAUCCCGGAUUUCAAGCUGGCGUUUGAUCAUUUUUGCAUACAUGCCGGGGGAAGGGCUGUGAUUGAUGAGCUGGAGAAGAACCUGCAGUUGCUGCCUAUACAUGUGGAGGCUUCUCGGAUGACUCUACACCGAUUUGGGAAUACUUCGUCGAGCUCCAUUUGGUAUGAACUGGCGUAUAUGGAGGCCAAGGGGAGGAUGCGCAAGGGCAACCGUGUGUGGCAGAUUGCCUUUGGAAGUGGUUUUAAAUGUAACAGUGCGGUCUGGGAGGCGCUUCGGAAUGUGAAGCCAUCUCGUAAUGGUCCUUGGGAAGACUGCAUUGACAAGUAUCCUGUGAAAGUAGUUUCCUAGCUCAAGAACAUUAUCCUGAUACUUGAUGUCAAACUGUGGUCUUUUGGUGCUCGAUCAUCGCAUACGUUUCAGUCAUUUGUCCAGGGAAGUUACAAUUUGUAGCGUUGCUGAUUUUUGGUAUUGUGAAUGCUUCCCAUUUGCCAUGUUGGAUGGAUCUCUAAUUGUAUGUCAACAUAUAGAGUUUAGUUUUUCGAUUUCAGUUGAUUCAACUUGUAUCAGAAUCUCUGGCUUCAAUAGUCUCAAUAAAAUAAAUUCAUUCUGAUGAA